AUGGGUGAUGUCUCAGCACCGAUGGUAGUGUUGAAUGCCCACGAUGAUUUCGACAAUGCAGAGCCCCCAUCCCAGGACAUCUCUGCUAGAGGCAUCAACCCCGCGAAACUGACCUCUUUACUGAGGGACAAGUUUGGAAGUGGCUCAUACAAUGUGCAUAUGAUGCACAAUGUAUACACAAUUCGAGCCCCUAGACGCCUAUCAGUGACAGAAAUAGCCCAAUGUGCCUGA